AUGCCCGUCACACCGCCGAGGAGCGGGCAGCGGGCGCGGAAGAUCUGCCAGGGGCAGCGAGUGAAUUUGAGGGCAAACCCAAACGGGAUGAGAGGGAUCAACCUCCGAAGUGACACUCAUAGAUCACUCAACUGUAGUCCAGGUUGCAGCGUGACGACGGUGAUUCGGGGAACGGUGUCUUGUUAUAACAAUCUUUCCUUUUUCUCCCUUCUGCAGUAUUCUCACCAACCAAGAAUUUUACAUUCUGAUGCUAUUCAAAAAGUUGCAGCAAACACAGAUGUUUCUGAAAUGUGGGAGAAUGAUUUGCGCCCUAUCCUGAUAGAAAGAUACUCAGGGUCACCAGGAAAUUAUAUCGUACGACAGCAUAUCAAGCACCGUCUUCAAAGAUUACAGGCUGGUUGGGAAAUUGAAGAAGAUACAUUUCAGAGAUAUACACCAUAUGGAUAUCAAACAUUUUCAAAUAUUAUCAGCACUCUCAACCCCUCUGCAAAACGCCAUCUAGUUCUUGCUUGCCACUACGACUCAAAAUUCUUUGGACAACAAUGGCAGGAGAGAGUGUUUAUAGGAGCAACAGAUUCAGCUGUGCCUUGUGCAAUGAUACUGGAGCUGGCACGUGCCCUGGAUAACAAGCUGCAGUUAAUCAAGACGAGCUCAACAUCAAGACCAGACCUUUCACUUCAGCUUAUAUUUUUUGAUGGAGAAGAAGCCUUUGUCCGGUGGUCCCCUUCUGAUUCCCUCUAUGGAUCUCAACACUUAGCUCAAAAAAUGGUAUCUACUCCACAUCCACCUGGUUCAACAACCACAAAUCAGCUGCAGGGCAUAGACCUGCUUGUACUACUGGAUUUAAUUGGUGCACCAAACCCAGUCUUUCCCAAUUAUUUUCCUAACACUGUUCGAUGGUUUGAGAGGCUUCAGGCAAUUGAGCAAGAGCUACACAACAUGAAUCUGCUGAAGGAUCACGUUGCUGAAAGUCAGUAUUUCCAGACUACUUUACAUCGAGGCUUGGUUGAAGAUGACCACAUUCCGUUUUUAUUAAGAGGGGUUCCAGUCCUACAUCUGAUCCCAUCCCCUUUUCCUGCAGUAUGGCAUACCAUGGAGGACACAGAAGAAAACCUUGACAAAACCACUAUCGACAACCUCAGCAAAAUCCUGCAAGUGUUUGUACUGGAAUAUCUAAACCUGUGAUAGACAAAAUGGCAACAAAUCAUACUCCAUUCUAAAUACUGUUUGCCUACCUUCACAUUUUCUAUUUAAUUGCAUAGGAGAGCACUAAAGCAAGCAAAAUACGAUAGCUCUUGCUAGACUGGUUACUGAUUCAGCUAUUCCUGGCCCAAUGUUCCAUGUAGCCAAAUAAGAGAACAUUAAAUAAGAAUUAGUUUGAGCCUGGAAAGAGUUUGAUCUUUCCAUGUCUUACAUCUGAAUAAAAAAACCCCAGAAUUUUUCCAGAUUGUUAUCACUGGUUUAUGUCACAUAUUAAGAUCCCAGGAGGGAAUGCCUUCCAACUUAAGUGUUAGCAUUAUUUUAAAAGGUAUGACCAACUUUCAGCAAUGGAUAUUUAUACUACAUUAUGGAAAGAGGCAAAAAUCACACUAAAACAAACCUCCACUUUGAGCUAAACCACCUCAUCCUGAAAUAAACUGCUAGAACUCCUGACACACAGAAGGGCUUUUUAAUCCUUUGCUCCGUCUCCUCCUUUCUGUACAAGGAGGGCUGCAAGGACUCUUCUCCCCAGACAGCAGGACACCAGGAAGCAAGAGAAAUAACUUAAAGUCAAUUUUCUCCCUGUUGUUUGUAGAAUACUUUCUGAUGGUGAAGGGUGGUGGGAAGUGAUGUUAAGAGGAAAGUACGUGGGGGUUUCCAUCAUGGUUUGACUGCAAUAUGGGACAUAUAAAGAGAAGAGUAAGUGGUGUGUGGGAGCAACGCCCCAGCACACACCAUUCAUUCGCAGUUUGGCCCAAAAUAAAGAUACCUGCUGUUUUUAAUACAGAUUACAUCAGAAGUAAUCAUACUAGGAGUGAUCACUUUAGAAAUCAUAGUUUUAUAUCAUUUUAAUGGUAAAGUGCUAUCUAUCAAGUAAAAUAAGUAUCAAGAGUCAGAAGCAAGAAGACAGUUUAAGCACCAAAAAGUAAAAGACAAACCAUAGCCUAUAUCAGAAAAAGAUACCAGUUUAACAACCCUGUGUUUUUAUAUUCCUUACUGGAAAUAUUCAAUAAAUUUAGUAUAAUACUCUGGCAAAAACCUAGCCUGGAAUGAAAUCAACAGGAGAAGCCAGAACAGUAUUCAGAAGCUACCUACAGAAUUAUGGUUUCUACUGGUGAGAAAAAGAGCAGCAUUUGAAAAAAAAAAAAACAACAAAACAAACCAAACCAAAAAAAAACCAAAAAUCAAAAUCAAGCUGGUAGGUGAACUGGGAAAAAACAAGUCAGUAUUCUACUGCUCCAAACCUCUUCCAUUAGAAAGUUCUAUCCUGGGCAGAGAUUUAAAAAGGAAAUAAGCUAUGAAGUUGUAGGCAUGUCAGAUCUGGCCUGUAUUUUACCAUUUUCCUAAAGCAAACAUUUCUGAACUUAAGACAGUAUUUACAUAUGUAUCUUAAAGUCACAAUAGAAAUAUUUACAGCAAUGCAAAGUAAAAUUUUACUAUUACAGGACAGCCCGAAAAUGAAAUUCAAUCUAGUUUUGUUGCUCAAGAUGGAAUGAAAGCAUUUUGUUUUCCCAUCACUUUAACAUUUUAAAGAAAUUUUUCUAUUUUGCAUGCAACUUCUGAAAUAGAAUACAACACAAAUACUAAAAACUGGAUGAGUGUUUAUUUUCAGAUAUUACUGUACAUCUGUGUAAUUACAUCAAAACUAUUUGAAUUCUGUCAUAUUCUCCUCUACUUCAGCCCAUCAGAAAACAUGCUAAACAACUAAAUUAAAUCUUCUGAGGUUUGAAUACUCUGAGCAGUGUAAGGCACCUACUGCAACCUUCUAAGUGGUGAAAAAAGAUAACAAAAUGGCUAUAUACAGAAGUAUUAAACUUGAGUUUGUGUGGCUAAUUUGUUUUUACAGGUGAACUCUUACGAUAUUUCAUACUUUGCAGGGCCUUUAAAAAAUGCAUUAUGCAUUUGCAGUGUUCACUGCUACUCUGCUUCUUCAAGAAUUUGAAAGUUAACUUAAAAUAGGCUUCAUUAUAAAAUGUGGGAUCAGUAGGUUGUUAUAACUGGGAAAAGCCUAUUUUUUAAAAUCUGUAUUAGUUAGUUGAAACCAUAACUUAGCCAUGUAGUACACCAAAUAUCUGGCAUAUCAAUUUUGUCGCCAACUUCUCGCUGUCUGAGCAUGCAGUUCUCUUAUGUUUACUCAGCUCAAAGAAAUGAUACGUACAUUGAUGUAGUAUGAUUCAAUGGUUCUCAAAACAUGAAGAAAACAUGAAGAGGCUUGUUUUUUUUCUUUUACUUUGGGUUUUGGGGUUGGGUUUUUUUGGUACAGGAAAAGAGGGCCAUCUCUUAGCUGGAUGUGAGCCCUGGAAAGGGUUUACUUAAGGAGAGGGAUCAUCAUCUUAGCAAUUUAUAUGAUCUGUCAUUCACUUGGAAAAAAAAUAACUGCUGUAAGCAAAACUUACAUCAACCCAGUAACCACAUGAAUUUCCCCCAAAAGCACAAGAACCUGAAGCAGUCAGUAAAGCAAAGACAUGGUGUAAGGUGAAUUCUCACUACUACUAAGGCAGAGGAGAACAAGGAUGUCAGUCUAGCUGUUUGAUAAACACCCAGAAAACAAAAAAUACAAGUGAAAAGACCAGGACUGGUGUAUCUUCCACUCUCAGUUUCAACACUGAAUAUCACUAAGUAUCCAGAUCCAUAGGAUCUGGACAUUCACAGUACCAUCACUUCACAAUUCAGACACAGGCUUUGUGUUAAAGAAACUAUCCCCAGACAGUUUCUCUGUCCCUGUUGGAUGGUGGCAGCAAGGGGACAGAAAUCAACUGAGGGACUUCAACUAACCUCAUAAUUACAUAUAUCAGCAGAAUUGCUGCACAGGUUCUUUCCUUGAAUAGGAUUUGUCACAUCUCAGUCAAGGGGGUUGAAAAAAAUUAAAGUCUACCCACAAGAGAAUGGCUUGUCUUCCCAAAGGUGUGUGUGGUUAUUAGCUGGAUAAAGGAAACACAGAACAGAAUGAACUCAAAGAGCCAUUACUCAACAGGUAAAGCUGCAAAAAUACCGCAUAUUAGUUAUUUGUAUUUUAGUAGAUGCUCUAGCUCCUUUUGUAUCAGGAUAAUGCAGAUUUUCACAAGAAUCUUAAGCCUAAGUUAAUGGUACAUGCCCUCAAAUUCUGUAAAGCUUGAAGCGUUUACCUACAAGUGAAGUGAUCCUAUGCAAUCACAGUUGGAAUAAGAUAAGGGAGUAACAAUGUCAAAUCCUCUGGUAAACAGAAAUGAUAGCAAGUACCAGCCCUCUUUUUUUCUCUAGCUGAGGCAGCAUUCCUAUCACUAGGAACGAAGAUGAUAUAAAUUAGCAUUCUUAUUCACCACAUUUCAAAUAAACAUUUAGAUCGUGACCACCUAACAGUAAAAUACAAUUAGAAAAGACAAAAUGCAAUAAAAAUGCUUUCUGUAGAAUUAUUACAAGGACCCAGUCUACACUGGUAGCAGACCCAGCAAAGCAGUUCUGAAGUUUCACACAUCUGCUCACUGAGACUGAAGCCAAGAGCAUCGCUUAAUCAAUAUAUAUAAAAAGAUAACUACAAAAUUUUGUACACAAAUUACCACUUUUUCCUUGUCAUUUAAGGAUGACACUGAUUUUAUUUUCCUCGUAUAAAAGAUGACAUUUUACUCUGUGCUGAUUUAACAAAUAUUCUUAAUAUAUCCAUAACAAUAAAGCAGCUAAAAAGCUGUUCUAAUCUCUAAAAGAAUCUUUAUCAUCUGCACAUAUGUUAUAUAUUGUAAACAAUCACUCGAAAAAAUAAUUCUGUUAAAGUGAUUUUAUAUUGCACUCAGAAUUCUGGGAUUCUCAUUCUCCCUUCUCCUUUUAAAUCAAAUAUCAGCUUCAUUUUUCAAUAAAAUGGAGCUUUAAUUUUCUACUAAAAACAAACAGGCAUGCAAUCAAUAUAAUACAACAUAUUUAAAAUGUCAGAAAAAGGGCAAAUGUUUGGUUAUGAAACUCGAGUAAGGAACAAUUCUUAUACAGGCCACAUGAGAGUAGUAUAUUGUAAACAUUCUGCUGGCUCUAAGGUCUUGCAGAUGCUGUAGAGUGCAGUCUAGUUCAGCACCCAAGAGGUACAGAGAAUCUGUUCAAGUGUUCUGUACUUCAGUGAAUUUCCACGCAGCAAUGUCAUGUGUGAUAGACUACACAUAAAGACGGAGUCAUGAAACAAAGGUGAUUACUGAGGUAAUACUGACCUCAUAGAAACCAGACAAUGGUUCUAAGUUAAUUGGAAUCUUUAAAGGCAAGUUUUCCAGGUCAUUACAUUUUCUAACACAGCAAUGAAACUGUUACUCUUGCUGCAAAUGAAGUACAGAACUAGAUUCUCUACUUGUAGCUUACAUGGACUGUAUACCAGUGGCAGCCUGGUCACUACCCUCAGCCUAAAACAUCCCAGCAAGAAACCAUCAGGCAGAAUGUCACCUGGCUUUGUUUGCAAGAGUGACACCCUCCUCCAUGCAUUGCAGCGAGAAACACAGGUGGUGGAGGAAGAGGGAGGGAAAAAAAGAAGAAAGCAAUGUCCUUAUGCAGAAAAAGAAAUACUCAACCAGUGUGAAGAGGCCAAAGAUCUUUAAAAUUCAAAUGAAGGCCGUUUUCUCAACUCAGUUCUACAAGAGAAAGAUUUCACUAUCAAACCCAUUACUCUUUAGGUAACAUAUCAUCUUUGGAGUCCCUGAGAUACUACAGCUCCAUAUAACCACCUUGGACAAAUGGAGACACUUAGUAUACAGAUUAACAAGGUGGACGCCAAUAUAUAGCACCCUGAGUUGCAAGUGAAACAACAGGAAUAGGCAACCCAUUCCUCAACAGCCACCAGAUGCAGAACAAAGUGCAGAGAAGGUAUUGGCUAGGGAAUGAUAAGAUACAUACUGCACAGGAGGAAA